AUGGCCGGUAGAGCAGGCAUGAAACGUGAUGCUAAUCAUUUGACGACACCAGAGGCCGAUUCAAAGAAACCCAAGGCCAAUGGAAGCAUCACUUCAUUCUUUGGUGCCCCCAAGAACAAGUCCAGCGACUCAAAGGCCACUUCGUCUUCAUCGGGCUUUAAUAAGCAGAAAUGGGUCGACUCAUUGACUUCAGAACAAAAGGAGCUCCUUCAACUUGAGAUUGACACUCUUGAUGAGAGCUGGCUGGCACAGCUCAAGGAGGAAGUCGUCAAGCCUGAGUUCCUGGCCCUGAAGCGCUUCCUCCAGAAGGAAAAGCAAUCGGGAGCUAAAAUCUUUCCUCCCGAAGAAGAUAUCUACUCAUGGUCCCGUCAUACACCUCUCCACAAGGUGAAGGUGGUCAUCGUCGGCCAAGAUCCUUAUCAUAAUUACAACCAGGCCCAUGGCCUUGCAUUCUCCGUCCGCCCUCCAACUCCUGCCCCGCCCUCCCUCGUCAACAUCUUUAACGAAAUUCAUAAUGACUAUCCUUCUUUCCAAAGACCCGCAAACAAGGGUGGCCUUCUCAUACCCUGGGCUGAGCGUGGUGUACUAAUGCUCAACACUUGCUUGACCGUACGCGCGCAUCAAGCCGCUAGCCAUUCAAACAAGGGCUGGGAACUGUUCACGCAGAAAGCCAUAGACUUAGUGGCCCGAGUACGGACGCGCGGUGUUGUUUUCCUUGCAUGGGGAACACCCGCAGGGAAGCGCGUGACAGGCAUCAAUAGAGCAAAGCAUUAUGUUCUGCAAUCGGUCCACCCAAGCCCGCUAAGUGCGUCAAGAGGAUUCUUCGGAAACCAGCAUUUCAAAAAAUGUAAUGAGUGGCUUGCUGAACGUUAUGGUCCCGACGAAGUCAUUGACUGGUCAUUGACUUCGAAGAGCAAAACCAGCUCUCCUUUUGCCACCAUUCAAAGCCCCGCUCUCACUGGUGCCCCGAAUAAGCCUAUCGCUAAAGAGUCAGAUGCUAGUUUGGAGGAAGAGGUCUCCAGGACAACAGAGCCUGCCAAGUCUACCGAGGCCGUUGACGAGUUUGAAGACGAUCUCGAUGCGCUGGAAGCCCUAGCAGCAGCAGAAGCGACCAGAUAG